AUGUUUAACCAGGAUCCUGAGGAUGAUCGAUGGGGUAUUCCGUUCCACGCGUCUUGCUGGUCUCUUUUGGAAAGGGUUUAUGGCCCCGAUGAAAUUCCUAGCGCGGCUCUUCUCGAAAUUUGCAAGUCACUUCCCCUACCACUGCUAGGAGAUUGCAUCGAUUGGGGUCAUGAUUUUGAAGGAUUAUUUCGUCCAGAUGACCAGGUGCGCUAUCCUUGGGAGGAUCGAUCAAUCACCCUGGUGGACGCGGACUCCCCUAUAGGGCGUUCUGCACGGAAUGAUCCCUACAAUGUCCCAGAGAUUGCACAACUCUUGGGCGAGAAUCCUCAAGCCCCGCCGGCUUCAAAUCUACUUGAACCGGCUAAGGUUGCCAACGACUGUUUCGCAGCGCUUCCAGAAGAUGUUUGCUUCAUAAUCGCAUCAAACAUGCCAACUGUGGACGCUCUAAAACUCCGUCACGCAUCAGCAUCCUUUUGGCCUAUAUUCCGCAGCCAGCAGUUUUGGGGUUUGAAAUUCAAGGCGUCUGGUGAGCGCUCAUGGCUUUGUGAAUCACAGAAAUUGGACAAAUCCUACAAUUGGUUGUGGUUGUAUCAUCGCACGAACAGAGCUCAGCGCAGCGAAAAGUUGCAAAAUCGGAGAAGGAUUUGGAAAUUGGUGGAGCAGAUACGUGAGUCACUGGACUUCGAGCGAACAAACUUACCUCUCACUUUUUGUUCCGAUCCAAACCUAGCCAACAUGCGGUGGCUUGAAGUAACUGGCGAUAUAAGGCCCGAACGUGAAGAACCAUAUACUGGUUUCUUUGAGGGUUGUCGUUUGUUAUACGAGCAACAGACAUCAAUCCAUCCGUCUCUGUCUGAAAUCGAGUUUUCGUUUGUGCCGCUAGGUAGUGUGAGUUACGUUGCCGGAAUAAGACUCCUCUCCAGCUCAUGCGAAGCCAUACAGCUGGGCUAUAGGGCGCAUAGAAGUGAGCGCGUUAAUAUUAAAUCCUUGAUUGGGUUCAACUUGGUUGUGGGAUCCAGAGGUAUACAAGCCGUCCAGUGCAUUGUUAACAACAGUGAGGUGUCUAAAUGGUUUGGCUGUCUAAGUGACGCUCCAACAACGAGACGUUUAACUCUUUCUGCUCCUAUAACCGCAGUGAAGGCGGGAUUUGAUGGUUGCAAGAUGAUUAGUCUGGCAAUUGCAGAUAGCUGUUCACGUGAUCCCGAGAAUGAAUCAUUACGAGAUCUCGCCAUGUGGUAUCCCAGCGUGCCCCCGAUCAAUCUGCACUUACAUGAGGCUUGUUUUGAGGCUCGGAAGUCUGCAGUGAAUAGGUUUCAGCCUCUAUGCUGGACCUUGUUUGGAGGGCAUGGAGGGAAAUAUCUUCAAUCCUUGACUGGUGUUACCGUAACCUACAGAGCUCGGGUCUCUGGUGUCGAGUUCAACUACAACACCGAACAAGUCCCGGCAGAAUGUCGUAAAGUCGGCCGGUAUAGGCCUCAUACGUUUGACACGGUUUCUUAUUUUCCAAUUGAUGGCGCCGGAGGGGAAUACAUUGACACCAUUCAUCUGUUCAGGACAUUUAGUAGUGGCGCAGAGAUGUACUGGUACCAGAAAAUCGGAAAGUUAAAGUCGUUCAAGAUUUCGACAAAUCGUGGAAGAUCGUGCCACUUCAAUCAGCGGGAUUCUGGACGUGUGGGGGAGUGUGUGACUCUGGUUCCAGGGACCACAGUCACUGGUUUUUAUUGGAGUCAGCGUGAGAGUCACAUUACAGAUCUUGGCGUCAUCUCGGAAACCAUUGACCAAAAAUGA